AUGCGAAAGGAGCGAGAGCUGUCUUUUGAUUAUGUAGCAGACGACGCCAGCUUCUACGGCAGCAAUGAGGCGACGACUCAAUCCCUCUUUCGCUCCUUCCGUUGCUGUCAGCAUUCUUGCCAGCCCUCGUUCCAAGGAGGGCUGGCGUGGGUCCUUGGCCUGGCGAGCGUGGGCACGUCGAUGGUGCACCUGUUCUUCCCGGAGCAGUUCCACCAAGCCAUCCCGCCCUACCUGCCCUUCUCCUUCCUCCUCAUCGGCGUGGUGGGCUUCUGCCAGUGCGCGGCGGGCGUGGGCCUCCUCAUGCCGCACCUCCGCCGGCCCGCCGGCUGGUUGCUCACGUUCGUCGUCCUCGUCACCUUCCCGGCCAACGCCCACCUCUUCUUCGAUGCAUUUUACAGCAAAGUGGAGUUGUGGCAGUUCACGUUGAUCGCGGUGUGGGUAUCGUGUCAGCUUGUUCUGGUCAUGUUGGUCUACGCGGCCUCGGCGCCUUGGACGCGGCCACACCCUAAGGAGCUCAUUCCCCACCACCACAGCGAGCGCUGUAUGACACCAUCCGUAGACAGAGACGCUGGGCCUCCUGACCCCUCUCUUGCUCUGCCAGAGCUUUAG